UGGGACCCAACCCUUUCUCACUAGAUUUUCUCUUCUCAAUAUCCACCAUUUUCUUCCCCAUCCUCCUCUCCCUCCCUUCCUUUUCACCUCUCUGUCUAUAUCUUUUUCUCUCUGUAUUAAUGUCACAUUACAAUAACACCCACCAAGCUCUAGAAAAAUCUUGAAGAAUGACAAAUAACAUCUUCAACCGCUUUUUUCAUCAUCAAUAUUAAUGCUGAUAAUAAUAAAGAUUACUCCUUGGGUUUAUGGGAAGUGCAGCUUUGAUGGACUGUGGAGUACAAAACCAGGUGCUAAUGUGGGCCCCGGAAUCUUUAGAAUCGGAUCUUUGAAUUAUCUGGGGGUGAAUGUUUGAUUGAUUUGCUGAAGCAGAUUCUUCAUGUGUUUAUAUAUUGUUCAUUUUUGUUUGCAUUUGGGAUAAAAGCUAAGAUCUGAGGAGUGGAUAUGCUGAGAAAAUUAGUUUUCUGGUCUUCCGAUUCUGAGUGAAGAUGUGAGUUUUCAGGUACAAUGUCGAAGAUGUCAAUUUUGAAGCUGUUGGUUUUUUGGUCCUUCUGCAUUGCCUCAGCAGCUGCUUAUAACGGCUUAGGUCGGUGCAAUUGUGAGUAUGAUGGUUUUUGGAGCGUUGAUAACAUUUUGGAGUGCCAAAAAGUUGGCGACUUUUUGAUCGCGGUGGCCUACUUCUCCAUCCCGAUCGAGCUCAUAUAUUUCAUUAGCUGCUCAAAUAUUCCUUUCAAAUUGGUUCUGUUUGAAUUCAUAGCCUUCAUUGUUCUUUGCGGGAUGACUCAUCUCCUAAAUGGGUGGACAUAUUAUGGGCAACACUCGUUCCAACUUAUGCUUGCCCUCACCAUUUUUAAAGUCCUCACCGCCAUGGUCUCAUUUGCGACAGCCAUAACCCUUAUAAGCCUCAUCCCGAUGCUUCUCAAGGUGAAGGUAAGAGAGUUUAUGCUUAAGAAGAAGGCGUGGGACCUCGGUCGGGAAGUCGGGAUUAUAAAGAGGCAAAGGGAAGCAGGGUGGCAUGUUAGGAUGCUCACCCAAGAGAUCCGCAAGUCACUCGACCGUCACACGAUUCUUUACACCACCUUGAUUGAGCUCUCAAAGACACUCGACUUACAUAACUGCGCCAUCUGGAUGCCUGACGAUGACCGUACUGAAAUGAACCUGACCCACGAGGUUAGGGACCGGAAAUUUUCUGAUGUUAACACUCUAAUGAUCCCUAUAGACGAUCCUGACGUGCAGGAGAUCAAGGGUAAUGAUGACGUGAAGCUUCUAGAACCCAAUUCGGCUCUCGCAGUAGCGAGUAGUGGGGUGGGUAGUUCCGAACUGGGAUGCGUGGCCGCAAUCCGGAUGCCAAUGCUUAGGGUCGCUAACUUCAAAGGUGGGACCCCCGAGCUCGUCCCUGCUUGUUAUGCCAUCCUCGUUUUAGUCCUUCCCUCAGGCGCAGGUCGGGCUUGGGGAAACCAGGAAGUAGAGAUAGUAAAGAUGGUUGCCAAUCAGGUCACGGUGGCUAUAUCCCACGCCGCAGUCCUCGAGGAGUCUCAGAACAUGAGAGAAAAAUUGGCAGAGCGAAACCGAGCAUUGCAACAGGCGCAAGAUGGCGCGUUGCGGGCCCACCAAGCGAGAAACGCGUUUCAGAUGGUCAUGAGCAAUGGGAUGAGAAGGCCGAUGCACUCGAUCUUAGGCCUCCUUUCCAUUUUGCAGGAUGAGGGGGAGUUAAUGGACGAGCAACGGCUACUUAUAAAUGCAAUGGUGAAAACUGGAAACGUCGUCUCAAACUUAAUAAACGACGUUAUGGAUAAUUCAACUGGAAAGGAUAAGAGAAGGUUCCCUCUUGAGACAAGGCCGUUUGAGCUACACUCCAUGAUCAAAGAGACCGCAUGUCUCGUUAAGUGUAUAUGUGUGUAUAAAGGUUUCGACUUUUCAAUUGACGUUGACAAAUCACUGCCUAAUCAUGUUAUGGGAGACGAGAGAAGGGCGUUUCAGGUGAUUUUGCAUAUGGUUGGGAAUCUGUUGAAGAGCAGCAGGGGUGGGUGCCUACUAUUUCGUGUGAGGCCUGAAAGGUCGAACUCAUCUAGUCAGAAUGUGUAUGUGCGGUAUGAUAUCGGGAUUCAUGGGAAUAAUUCUAAUCAAAGAUAUUAUGGUAAAAAUUUCGAGGAAGGGUUGAGCUUCAGUGUCUGCAAAAAACUAGUUCAGUUGAUGCAUGGAGAUAUAUGGGUAUACCCAAACCCGGUGGGUUUCGAUCAACUGAUGGCGGUUAUUCUUGGAUUUCAGCACCGGCCCUCCGUCGCCGGCGGCGGCGAAUAUUCGUCUUCUUCUCCCAGCCAGCACCAAAUUCACCCAAACCCGCUUCUCUUACGGGGACUGAACGUUCUGUUAGCCGACUAUGACGACGUUAACAGAGCCGUAACCCGCCGUCUUCUCGAGAAGCUGGGAUGCGUCGUCUCCUCCGUUUCCUCCGGUUACGAAUCUUUAGGCGCGCUGGGUCCCACCGCGUCCACGUUCCAAGUCGUGCUUUUGGAUCUUCACCUACCCGAUUUGGACGGGUUCGAAGUGGCGAUGAGGAUACGGAAGUACCGGAGCCGUCACCUGCCGUUAAUCAUCGCCCUGUCCUCGAGCGAUGACGCGGACAUCAGUGGACGGUGUUACCAGGCUGGCAUGAACGGCGUUAUCUGUAAACCGGUUCUUUUGCAGGAAAUUGCUGACCAACUCACUAAAGUUUUGUUAAAAGCGAGGACCCGAAUCAGGGAGUGAAAUGACUUUUCCACUUGAUUAAUCUUGUUACAAAAAUACUACGGACUAUAUAUAGUUUUAUGCCCUUCUCCAAAUCUUUUUCCAUAUUUAUCCCGAAAUAUAGUCAACUAACUUAUAAGCAAAUACUCGUAUACCUUUAAAAUAGUGUAACUCUAAUUUCUUCUCUAGCUUAAUCAAUUCUAUGCUACCUUUAAAUAAAUUCUGCAGUUAAAGUGUCUCACAUUGAAUAUAUAUACUUCC